CAGAGACCUCGGACAACUCUUCAUUUACAUAACCUUCUAUACUUAAAGAGCCGCCGGCUGUGCCCUGCUCACUUUCGUCGCUUCGCUUGCACCAUGCCCGAGCCAGCCAAGUCCGCUCCCGCCCCGAAGAAGGGCUCCAAGAAGGCGGUGACCAAGGCGCAGAAGAAGGACGGCAAGAAGCGCAAGCGCAGCCGCAAGGAGAGCUACUCGGUGUACGUGUACAAGGUGCUGAAGCAGGUGCACCCCGACACCGGCAUCUCGUCCAAGGCCAUGGGCAUCAUGAACUCGUUCGUCAACGACAUCUUCGAGCGCAUCGCUGGCGAGGCGUCGCGCCUGGCGCACUACAACAAGCGCUCGACCAUCACGUCGCGGGAGAUCCAGACGGCCGUGCGCCUGCUGCUGCCCGGGGAGCUGGCCAAGCACGCCGUGUCCGAGGGCACCAAGGCCGUCACCAAGUACACCAGCGCCAAGUGAAUUUGUCGGACUGCCCACUACUCUAAAAGGCUCUUUUCAGAGCCAAU